AUGGCGACCUCCCGCGACGCACCGAAUCCUCUGCGGCCUUAUUAUAUUCCUCCCUCAAUUGGGCCGCCGCCCGAUCUGCCUCCAAAUUCCACCUCUGCCCUCUCACACGGCCACCGCUCUCCCAAGCCCAGCUUUGGCAGCCAGGCACGCGAUAUCCUUUCUGAUCUCGACUAUGAUUCGUAUUUUGCGGACAGCUCGCCCAGUCUGGCCGAGCAUGCGCGUCGAUUCGUGGAUCGAGCUUUGUGGAGUUACACCUCCGUGCUACUAGCACAACCAUUCGAGGUUGCGAAGACCAUCUUGCAGAUACACCAGGCGGCAGGGCAGGCACCUCCGGGGCUGAUGCUGAAUGGGGAGGAGUACCGGAGUAGGCCCAAUUCCUUCGCUAGUGGCAAGUACGAGGAUUAUCCAUCUGACGAAGAAUCGGACGAGGAUUCGCCAGGCUACUUCACAACCACCGCACCGCGUGUUCCCGAACCAUUCUCCCUCUCGGAGCGAUCAUAUUCUCGUUCCCCGGAAAGACGGCCACGGCGUCGAGCACCCAGCCGAUCCAACACAUCAACACCCACCCAACCACCCCCUAUUCCACAUCGCAAACUCGAUCUCCGAAAGUCAGAUGCUCUUCUGGAGGUGAUUGGUCAGCUGUGGCAGAAAGAGUCGGCUUGGGGUGUCUGGAAAGGAACCAACGUCACAUUCGUCUACAACUUUCUGCUGAAGACGACAGAGAGCUGGACCCGUAGUUUCUUAUCCGCGCUUCUGAACGUUCCAGAUCCAGGCUUUAUGGGCGGCUCCGCUAGCGGUAUCGGAGGCCUGGACAUCAUAGACAGCCAUAGCCCUCUCCUUUCUCUCUCAGUCGCGGUGGCCGCCUCUGCCCUUGCCGCCGUGGCACUGGCACCGCUGGAUCUCGUUCGUACCAGGCUCAUAGUCACUCCAACUUCUCUUCCCCCUCGCACAAUUUGGCCCUCGCUAUCCCUUUUGCCCUCCCUCUCCAUUCCAACCGACAUACUGCCCGUCACCCUCCUCCACGCUACACUCCCAACCUUGAUCUCCUCCUCGAGUCCUCUCGUCCUCCGCUCCACCUUUUCUGUCGACCCCGUGAUCACCCCCACGGCCUAUUCCUUUGCAACCUUCAUCUCCUCUACCCUCGAGCUCUUCGUCCGCCUUCCUGUCGAAACCGUUCUCCGCCGUGGCCAGGUUGCUGUUCUCCAAGAACAAGAAAACCGGCGCCUAUCAGAGGCUUAUCGUAGCCUACCCACCGGCCCCGAGGUCAGCCGAUCCUCAAGUAGAGUAUCAGGAUACAUGGAGAAAGAGGAUUCCGCAUCGCGCACUUUCAAGACCAUAGUGGAGCCCGGACCGUACCGCGGCAUCUUUGGCACGAUGUGGUUUAUCGUCCGGGAAGAAGGCGUGCAGAUUGUCGGCCCGGGUGCAGCCAAGAUGGCGGCUCAGCAGCAGCAGCCUCAGCCUGGGUCACGAACGCCUGCGGGAUACUCAUCGAGGACGCGCGUGCGGAGGGGGCAGGGUGUGCAUGGGCUUUGGAGGGGGUGGAGAGUGGGUUUUUGGGGGCUGGUGGGCGUUUGGGGUGCUGCUGCUUUGGGUGGUGGAGGUGGGGAGUUUUAA